UUCUACGCAAUACGUAAAGUCCGAUAGUAAAAAAAAGGGGAAACCCAAUUGCAAAAUGAAGAUAUAAACGAGUACGUAUCUAUAGUUCUCAUUUGCAUGUGUGUAGGUCUUACAAAAUAAACCCAAGAAUGGAUUUAGCUCUGCUAGUAAUGUUUAUUGUGUUGUUUUCCGGUAAUGUAGAUCGAAGUAUCUCUGCAGCAAUUGGUAGAGAUUUUGAAAAUAAGACACUGCUUGGGAUAGCUAGUGAAAGUCGCAACGUUGAAGUCUUAAAGACAUUGCUACAAAAUGGCGUAGGUGUUAAUCAGGAGAGUGUAGCUGUAGAUGGGCGAGGAAAUACGGCACUACACCAAGCAGCAGAGGGUGGGGCAACCGAAAUAGUCAGAGUUUUACUGGAUAACGGUGCAAAUGCCGAUAUUAGAAACGAAGCAGGACUUACUGCUCUUGACAUAGCCGUCACAAAGGGCAAUGCAGAUGUUGUCAAGGCGCUCUUGGUGCGUGGAUCUUCGGUAGACAGUAGAGAUAAGGACAACAAUACAUUGUUGUACAUCGCCGCAAAACAUGGUGCAACGGAAAUCGUAGACAUUUUGCUAGAUAAGGGCGCGAAUGCAAACAUCAGAAACAAUGCGGGUUACGCCCCUCUAGAUGUAGCCGCUUCAAAGCGCCAUGUGGACGUUGUCAAGACGCUUUUAGCGCAUGGAUCUUCGGUAGACAGUAGGGAUGUGGACAACAAUACAGCGUUGCACUUCGCCGCAUGGUACGGAACAACCGAAAUAGUCAACAUUUUGCUCGAUAAGGGUGCGAAUGCAAACAUCAGAAACAUCGAUGGUCACACCCCUCUUAAUAUGGCCGUCUCUAAAGGCAAUAUAGAUGUUGUCAAGGCGUUCUUGGCGCAUGGAUCUUCAGUUGACAAUAGGGAUAUGCACAACCAUACAGCUUUGCACUUCGCCGCAUGGCAAGGUGCAACGGAAAUAGUCGAAACUUUGCUCGAUAAGGGUGCGAAUGCAAGCAUCAGAGAUAACGCGGGUUACACCCCUCUUGAUAUGGCCGUCUCCAAGGGCCAUUUGGAUGUUGUCAAGACGCUGUUAGCCCGCGGAUCUAUGGUUGGCAAUAGGGAUAAAGACAACAAUACAGCGUUGCAUAUCGCCGCAUGGAACGCAGCAACGGAAAUAGUCGACAUUUUGCUCGACAAAGGUGCUAAUGCAAAUAUCAGAAACAACGCCGGCCACAUCCCUCUUGAUAUUGCCGCCACCAAGGGCCAUGUGCAAGUUGUCAAAACGUUUUUGGCGCGUGGAUCUGCAAUUGACAAUAGGGAUAUGCACAACCAUACAGCUUUGCACUUCGCCGCAUGGCAAGGUGCAACGGAAAUAGUCAACAUGUUGCUCGAUAAGGGUGCGAAUGCAAGCAUCGAAGACGACGCGGGUCGCAUACCUCUUGAUGAAGCCAUCUUCAAAAACCAAGUGGAUGUUGUCAAGGUGUUCUUGAUGCGUGGAUCUUCAGUUGACAGUAGAGAUAAGGACAACAAUACACCGUUGCACAUCGCCUCAUGGCAAGGUGCAACGGAAAUAGUCGAAACUUUGCUCGAUAAGGGUGCAAAUGCAAGCAUCAGAGACUACGGGGGUUAUAUCCCUCUUCAAUUAGCAGUCUUCAAGGGCCAUCUGGACGUUGUCAAGAUGCUUUUGUCGCGUGGUUCUCCGGUUGACAGUAGGGAUGCGAAAAACAAUACAGCGUUGCACAUCGCCGCAUGGCAAGGAACUACGAAAAUAGUGGAAAUUUUACUCAAUAAGGGUGCAAAUGUAAACAACAAAAACAAUGUAGGGGACAGUCCGUUAAUUAUUGCAAGUUUAAGAGGCCAUUUAAACGUUACAAAAGUUCUAUUAGAGCAUGGGGCGUGCGUAAACUUUGCAAACAAACGUAAAUACACCGCGCUUCAUCACGCAGCGUGGAAUGGAGCAGUUGAUGAGGUCAAGGUGCUUUUGGAUAACGGUGCAAAUUCAAGUCUCAGGGACAUGACUGGCUUCUCUCCAUUGGAUCUAGCCGCCCUAAGGGCGGACGCGAACGUAGUAAAAGCUCUGUUGGAGCGUGGAGCUGUAGUAGACUUUGCGAGCGAUGAACACAAUACCGCAUUGCAUUACGCCGCGUGGGCUGGUGGUUCUGAUAAAACAGUUAAAGCUCUUCUCGAGAGAGGCGCAAGCACGAGUCUGCGAAACAGCGACGGAGCAACUCCGCUAGAUGUCGCCAUUCUACAAGGAAACGGCGACGUUGCAAAAUCGCUGUUACAGCACGGAGCUCCAGUCAAUCUCGCCAAUAAGGAUGGUGAUACUCCACUACAUCUUGCAAUUUUUGAAAGACAGGAUCUCAUCUUCGCUGAUUUACUAAAUUUUGGUGCAGACGUCAACGCUCAAAAUAACUACGGAAAUACGCCACUCCAUACUGCAAUUUCCCAGAACGAUACUUUCGCAGUUGAAGCUCUUCUGUCUAAAGGGGCCGACGUGAACAUUGAAAAUAAAUUUGGAGAUCGAGCCCUACAUGUGGCAACGUUACGUUCUCGUGGCGAUUUGAUUAUCGAUCUCGUAAACGGUGGAGCCGAUCUUAACGCGAAGAAUGCUGAUAAUUUAACCGCUCUUGAUAUAGCAUCUAAGAAGCGAUUCCAAAAUAUUGUUGAUUUACUGCUCUCUCUGGGAGGAGUUACAGGUUUAGUGCAAAUUUAAUCAGCAUUAGGCUAGAUUCGAUCAACAUUAAAUAAAGUAAUGCUAACACUGACCUUA